AACAUAAUGAAAGCACUUUGUUAUGAUGAGCCAAGAAGCUUCCGGAUAGCAGAAGCGCCUAUCCCACGGAUUGGUGACGAUGAGGUACUUGUAAGAGUUAGCUACUGUGGGAUCUGCGGAACCGACGCACACAUACACGAAGGCGAAUUCAUUUCAAAGUUCCCUCUCGUUCCCGGCCAUGAGGUCGUCGGAGUUAUCGCUGAAGUCGGCAAAAACGUGAAGAACUUCACAACUGGCGAUAGUUGCGUCGCAGACAACUGCGCAUCUUGCGGUUUCUGUUUCUAUUGUCGCCGUGGAAAGGACCUUCUGUGCGAGAACUUCGCGAGUAAAGGAUGUACUAUGGAUGGUGGGUUCGCCGAGUAUAUUGCAUUCCACGAGAGCAAGGUGUAUAAAAUACAUAACUUAUCUCAUAUUGAAGCGACACUCGUCGAGCCUGCAGCCUGCGCUGUACAUGGACUUGAUCGACUAAGGGCAGCGCUACCUGCUGGAGCUUCCGGUCUCGAGAUCCUCUUGCUUGGUGCGGGGCCCACUGGCCUCAUUCUAGCUCAGCUCUUACGUCUCAACGGUGCGGCACGAGUCGUCAUUGCGGCGAAUGCAGGUCCAAAGACACGAAUAGCACGGAACAUCAAUGCUGCAGAUGAGAUCAUCGAACUUGAUAGACAGGCUGCUGAUGAACAGUGGAAGAAGAUAAAGGAGGAGAACCCCUAUGGUUUUGAUGUUGUUAUUGAAGCCACCGGCGCAGAGAAACUUGCGAACGACUCAAUUAACUAUGUCAGAAGAGGUGGCGUGCUAAUGAUGUAUGGUGUAUAUGAUAAUGAUGCACGCGUGCAUUGGUCGCCAGCAAAGAUAUUCGGCGACGAGAUAAAGAUCAUUGGUUCAUUUGCGCAGACGUACUGCUUCCCGCGUGCAGUAGCUUACCUAGACUCAGGAAAGAUCAACGUCAAAGGAAUGGUGACAGAUGUAUUUGCAUUGGAAGAUUUCCAACAAGCGCUGGACAAGAUGCGUAGUCGAAGUGCACUGAAGAUUGCUAUCAAGCCUUGAGUAUGAAUGUCAAAUGAAAGACUAGUCUUCUAC